UGCCAUGCUCAGCUCAGGGAUCCAGCCCUGACAGAGCUGAGGAUGCCUGGAAGUUCCUUCAAAAGGCAAUAGAGGAGUGAAAGUUCAAUUGUUCGUGGAAACAUGUUCAUGGAAAUACACAUUGCUCUGAUCCCUGUCCGGCUCCUGCGUGUCUCCGUGUGCUGUCACUGCAGCGUUCCAUCCGCUCCGGAGUGUCCCACUGAGCUUCACAGCCCUCCUUCUCCGCGGGGGAACAGCUCCAGCCCUCGGGCACAGCGGGUGUGACGAGGGGACAGCCACCGGGUGUCACUUCAGGAGCGCUCUGGCCGGGAGCCCUGCCCCGCCUCUGGGCACGGCGUCACCCCUCUUCUUCCUCUGCGCUCCUCAGUUUCUAUUUCCCGGCUUCUCGCGCCGAUCUGCGGCACGGGCAGCAUGGCAUCACCCAUCUCGCAGAAGCUGGAGGAGAAGCUGGUGUGCUGCAUCUGCCUGGAGCUGUUCCGAGUGCCCGUGACUUUGCCGUGCGGCCACAACUUCUGCAAGCGCUGCAUCAGCGACCACUGGCACAAGCAAAAGCAGGAGCCCUCCGGGACCGCCGCCACCUACACCUGCCCCGAGUGCCGCAGGGGCUUCGAGCGGUGCCCGGAGCUGGAGAAGAAUGUCAUCCUGGACAGCGUGGUGGAGCUGGCACGGGACAGCGAGGCGCGGGGCUCGGGCACGGGCCGGUGCGCGGUGGCCCCGGGUGAGCUGUGCCGGCAGCACGGGCGCCCGCUGGAGCUGUACUGCGAGGACGAGCGGCGCUGCAUCUGCUGCAUCUGCACCGUGCGGGACUGCCAGCGCCACCGGCGGGUGCUCUUCGAGGAAGAGCGAGCCAAAAAGCAGACCAUUUUGAAAGAAUCCCUGGAAAAAGCCCAGGAGGAAUCAGAGAGGAUUGAGCUGGCAAUGAAGGAGCUGGAGUUGCAAACAUCGAGCAUCAAGGACUGCUCUGAGCUCGAAGCUGGGAUUCAGAGCAAAUUCACCCACCUGAGGACAGCUCUGGAGGAUCUCCAGCGUCAGACAAUGGCCAGGAUUGAGCAAGAGAAGGUGGCAGCACUGGAGCGUGUGGACAAGAACUGGAACCUGUGUAAGGACCGCCUGGAUGUCCUUAGCCAGCACAGGGAGAGGGCUCAGAGCCUGCUGGCCUGCUCUGACCACAGGACCUUCCUCCAGGAGUUCCCCCUGCUCCCACCUCUGGAGAGCCCAGAGGCGCCGGUGCCCGUGGAGUUUGAUGUGGCUGCUGUGAUCAAGCCCAUCUCUGAGAUCCUCACCAGCAUCUCCAGGCUGCUGCUGGAGGACCCCGCUGUCUCCGUGGCCCCCAAAGCCCCAGACCUUGCUGGCCAAGGCCCAGUGCCUCCCCAGGAGCUGGUGGUGAAGACUGUGACCCCUCUCCACAGGUGCCAACUCCGAGCUGAGCUUCUGAAGGACCACCGCAACCUGACCUUCGAUCCCGACACAGCCAACAAGUACCUGGAGCUGUCCAAAGGUGCCCGGAAAGCCAAGCACGGUGCCAGUGCUGUCCCUGGGCAGGAGCAGGGCCCUCGUUUCCAGCCCUGGCAGGUGCUGUGCACGCAGAGCUUCGGCCCUGGGCGCCACUACUGGGAGGUGAAGAUCUCCAGCCACUCUGUCAUCCUGGGGGUCACCUACCGGGGGCUCCCCCGGGAGCAGCAGCGCCACAGGUUCAACAUCGGGCUGGAUGGGGGCUCGUGGGGGCUGCAGGUGCUGGAGGAUUGUUACCUGGCCUGGCAUAAGGGCCAGGCUGAGAAAAUCCAGGAGCAGCUCUACAAGAACUUGGGGGUCAGUCUGGAUUAUGGCAAGGGACUCCUCUCCUUCUAUGGCCUGGGGGAGAGGACAAAGCUCAUCCACUCCUUCCACAGUGUCUUUACUGAGCCCCUGUACCCUGUGUUUUGGCUGUGUGAGGGGAGAGUGGUGACACUGUGCAGCAGAGAGAGGAGAGGAACCAGAUGGGAGCAGAUCCCAUUUGGGGCGAGACCCUUCCCAGGAGGGCGGGUGCCGGGGUCGAGGCUGUGGAUCAGUGCCCCCAGGACGGGGGAGAGCGCAGUCCCGGCUGCGGUUCGGGGAGGCGGAGCGGGCGGGCGGGGCGCGGCUGCCGCCCGCCUCCGUCGGGGCUGGGAGCGGGGCCGGGGCGGCUCGGGGCGUUCAGGGAUGGAUGCUGCGCCCGGGAGCGCCCCGCCGUCCUCCGGCGCGGCGUUGCGGCUGGCGCUGGCGGCUCCGGGGCUGCCCGAGGGUCCGCUGGGCUGCCCCAUCUGCCUGGACGUGCUGCGGGACCCGGUGACGGUGCCGUGCGGACACAACUUCUGCCAGGGCUGCUUGCAGGCGCUCCGCCAGCGGCCAGGCCCCCCCGACGGCGGCGGGACGGGCGGGGCCGCCCGCUGCCCGCUGUGCCAGGAGCCCGUCCCCGCGGGCCUGCGGCUCUGCAAGAACCGCGCCCUGUGCGAGCUCCUGCCGCUGCUGGCGGCCGCCACCGGCGGCUCGUCCCCAUCGUCCCCGGCCGCCGCGUCCCCGAUGGCCCCGGGAGCCGAGGAGGAGGAUGCAGCGGGGGAGGAAGGAGCGGUGGUGCUGUGCGAUGUGUGCCCGCCCGGGUCCCGCGUGGCGGCGGAGCGGUCGUGCCUGGUGUGCCUGGCGUCCUUCUGCGGGGCGCACCUGGAGCCGCACCGGCGCGCCCCGGCUUUCCGCGCACACCGCCUGGUGGCCCCGCUGCGCCGGCUGGAGGAGGGGCUGUGCCCCCGCCACCUGCAGCCCCUCGACGGCUUCUGCCGCACGGAGCAGAGCUGUGUCUGCUCCCGCUGCCGCGCCCACGAGCAUCGCGCCCACGACGUGGUGCCCCUGGAGCAGGAGCGAGAGCACAAGCAGGCUCAACAAGCCAAAUUCCUCAGCGAUGUGGAGAAUGAGCUGGAGGAGCUGGCAGUCACCAUCACCCAGGCCAAGAAGAUGGUGGAGCUCAUUAAGGGUGCUGCCACAAAGGAGAGGGAAAGGGUCGGGAAGCUCUUUGCAGAGGCCUCUGAGGUGCUGGCGACCUUCCAGAAGGAGGUGAUGGGGUUCCUCGAGGACGGGGAGCGCUCCAUGCUGGGGGAGGCUGAGGCCGAUCUCCGGUGGAAGGAGGAGAGACGAGCCAAGCUGGCACAGUGCAAGCAAAACCUGGAGAACGUCCCCAGCACUGACACCAUCUACUUCCUCCAGGAAUUUCAGGCCUUGAAAGCAGCCAUGGAAGAAAACCUCUCUCCACCUCUGAGCUUCCAGAAAGAGCUGAACUUUACCAAGUGCACCCAAGCCGUGGGCACCAUGAAGGAUGUGCUGUCCACUGCCUGCAAAAACCAGUGGAACCACUUGCAGGGGAAAGGAAUUGAUGGAUUGAAUUGCCAGGAGAUGGAGGAAGCAUUGCCUGAAUCCCGAUUACCAGACAAGUCAAACGAUCCUGCCUGCCUGGAGAGCCGUGAUUAUUUCCUGAAAUUUGCCUUCAUCAUCGACCUGGACAGCGACACAGCCGACAAGUUCAUCCAGCUGUUCGGCACCAAGGGGGCCAAGCGGGUGCUGUGCCCCAUCCCCUACCCGGAGAGCCCCACCCGCUUCAUCAACUGCGAGCAGGUGCUGGGUUUGAACCUCAUGAACAGGGGCAACUACUACUGGGAGGUGGAGCUGAUCGACGGCUGGGUGAGCAUCGGGGUCAUCGCCGAGGACUUCGACCCGCGCGAGGCGUACAACCACGGCCGGCUGGGCAGGAACGACAGGUCCUGCUGCCUGCAGUGGAACGGCCAGAACUACGUGGCCUGGUUUGGUGGCUUCGAGUGCACCAUCCAGCAGCCCUUCUUCCACACCAUCGGCGUCUUCCUGGAGUAUUCCGAAAAGGCUUUGACCUUCUACGGAGUCAAGGACUCCAAAAUGACCUGCCUGCAGCAGCUCAAGGCCACCCCUUCUGUCAAGGGGAAGUUUGGCCCGUUCCAGAACAAGAUCAACCGCCAGUUUGCCUCUCUUUUCUCGUGCAGGCUGAAGCCAGCCUUUUUCCUGGAGAGCGUGGACGCCCACCUGCAGAUCGGGCCGCUGAAGAAGGAUUGUGUGUCGGUGCUGAAGCGCCGGUGACUGCCCGGGGAGAGCGGCACGCACAGACCCACAAAAGCCUCUCCUGGAGAUUGCUGCCACCUCUCUUUGGUAGCCCGGUCUGUCUCUGUGGCAGCCCUCCCUCCUCUCUGCACUGUUGGGGACCCAGGGCUGGAUGAAGCCUCCUGAUGGGCAGGGCGGGGGCCAGGAUCCGAGUGCCAGCUCUGCCACUGAGGGAGCUUGGGCGAGUCCCUGUGCUGCUCCCUGCCCCUCAGCUUCCCUUUCUGGACAUCAGGGACUGCAACAACCUUUCUUGGUAAAGUGUGCUGCUCAGAAGUGCCACAUGGAUUUGGAGCUGUGCCUUGGCCACCUGCCCAGUCCCUCUCCUUCACCUCUGCUCGCUGUGCCCCAGCAGCUUGUGCAGAUGCUUUGUGCCUUAUCUCAGGCUCUGUUGCUGAUGCUUUUUUGAGUGCUGCUUCAUCAACACCUUCUGCAUGCUCCUCACAAAUGUGUGGACCUGGUGAACCCCCAGGGCAGACGUGGUCACUUCCCUGGUGCCACAUCACCACUGUACCCUGGCAUGGAGAGGUGGUGCUGCAGGGAGAGGGAUCUGGAGGAACCUGCCUGGGUGCUGGGGUGAUGCUGGCUGAUGCAGCACCUCUACUGCCCACCCAUUAGUGCUGCAAAUGUGAAACAAGGAUCUCUGCCCAGCUGGGAAAGGGAGAAACCUUCCUGCAGCACCACUGUUCCCAGCUGGAGAUGGGGAAGGGAACAGCACAAACCAAGUUUUGAGGACAUGCUUUAAGCAAACACAUUUUUAGCAAAGCUUUUCAGCCAAAUUUCCCCCCAUGUUUUUGAUGACACUGCUGUUCUGGGGGAUUUUAGUACUGUUACACCACCAACUCUUCAAGAACCCUGGGCACACUUGAGCUGAAAAUCUGCCCCUUAGCUUAGAGAUUUUUAAGUGACAGAGGUGCUGUGAAUAUGUCCCAGAGAUAAAUGGUCUGGUUUAGUGUUCUAGGGACAGCUGUGAGUGCCUCGAUAAAGCUGCAGCAUCAGUCAGCUACUAAACGACCCUUUAGACUCUGGGAAUAAGUAACAAUUAACAAAAACUACUCUCAAGCCGAGAGGGAACACUGUUCCCUUCAGGAAAGGUGGAAACUCAAGGCUGAGAGACAAAACUGGCAGUUCACAUGUCCUAAGGGAGCUUUUUCAGAAGGAAAACACAGAAAUAGUGCCUGUGAGGGCAGCACAGAGCAGCCCCUGUCUCAGCACAACGUGCCUUUCCACAAGUUUAUUUUUUCUGGGGUUAUUUUGCUACCUACCUCCCAAAGCUUGCUUUACAGAGCCGUGGUGCUGUGUAAUGUACACCUGGAGAAAAAAUACAGAGGGGCAUGAGUGAGUCAGGGAUGAUGCAACAACCAUCAGCAGGGAUAAUAAACAGCCCUUUUAGCUAAAUAUAUGAUAUAUAUAUUUUUUCUUUUCUCCAAAGGAUAAGCUGGAAAUCAUAGUGCUAUAUUCAAGCAAAGGGAAAAAUGUGAACAUGAAUAAAAGGCAGGCACAAAGCUGGGAGGUUUGAAGUAAAAGCCACGUUUACAUCCUGAGGCUCAAAGAGCUCCUUUACUGUCACUCCUUCACCAGCACUGCCAAUUCCUGCUGCUGCAGAAAGAGCUGCCAGUGCCCUGAAAAUGAGGAUAUUUGAGUGGAUGAAGGGUCUGAAUGCAGCCACCCUUCCCUGGGGCAAGGCUGGUGAGUCAGUUUGGGAAGGGGCUUGCUGGGAUCUGUCUGCAAAUUCCUUCUCCUCCUCCUCCCCUGCAUGAGGUGACUCCUAAACUGCUUCGAGCAGUGGGAAAAGGAACAGUAGGGCUUGCAGAGCGAAAUCUUCAGCUGAAAUCUUGGCCUUUCCUGGCUGGUGGGAAUGCUGCCCAGACUUCAGUCCGGAUGGGAAUUCAUUCCCUGCAUCCUGAGCCUCCAACCCCUCUUUGUUUGGCUGGCGCCAGCAGCCCCUGCAGAGCUCGGCCCUUGCACGAGAUGUCAGCGGUGACACAGAGCAGGAGUCGCUGCUGCUCUGUGCACAGAGAACAGGAGUGCCAGGAGCUCCUGAUGGAAUGGGAAAGGUGGAGCUGUGCCACAGCCCGUGCAUGGCCACCUCCAUGAGGGCGAGGAAGGAAAGGAACCUUCAUCUCUGCAGGAAGAGAUCUCCGUGUGGGCCCACACUGGCGCCCUAAAUCUCAUUUAUUCAGGAUAAGCUCCCACAGUUUGCAGCAAGGAGUUUUGCCAGAGUAAACACAGCAGAUCUGGGUCUUUGCCCUGCUUCUUUUCACUGUAGGCGGAUUGAUUGCUCCAAGGGGAAACCCAGGCUGGAGCCAUGCAUCCCACCCUUCUCCACUUUCCCAAUUCAGACACAAACCUCUGACCUCCUUCAGGGCUUGGGAGGCUCAGAGAUUCCUCUCUCUCCACCCUGUCACCACCUGGAGCAGCUCAGGAGGCUGCUGGGGUGUCUGGGCAUGGUGUGUGGUUGUGCUGCUGCUUUGGGUGGAUUCAUGGAUGCAUCUCCAUGGAGGAGAUCCCUGUGGAUGCCACAGCUGGGAAGUGCUGCCCAGCCCUCUCUUUCCUGCUGCUUGCUUUUCUCCUGUUUGAGAGUGCUAAAAUCAUCCUGGGUUAGGGAUGAUUUACAGCAGGAGCAAUCCCCUCAGGAGCUGGGCCAGGGUUUGCUCUGUGCUGCCAGUAAUUUGGGCUGUAAACUGGAACUGUCAUGCAAUGUGCACUGUGCCAGCUCUGGAUCCCUGAUUUUGCUGUAAACAAAGGGUUAAUCACAGGGUGAGAUGAGUUGAGAUGGUUCAAUAACACUUGGCAAUUUAAACAGCCUUUCCUUGUUCCCUUGGGUUAUUCCUGCUGUCACAGAGUGUUCCUCUUUUUAAUUAGGAUUUUUUAAAUACAGUAACUGUAGGGUGUUUUACAGUAUGUGAAAAAACUGUAACAGAAUAAUAUAAUGGUGUUAGAGACUAUGAUUUGUCCAUUAAAUAUGAUACAGUCAUUGC